UACUAUAUAUAUUUAUUAUACCUAAUCUUUUUUUACUUUUUAUUGAUACCUACUUAAAUAAUUUUUAAAUUUCAACAUAAUUGUUUUAAAUUUCUAUUAAUUAAUACAUAUAAUAGUUAUAUUAUCUGAUGUCAAAUUUACAUAAAUAAAUUCAAAUAUCAUUCUUAGGUGUUAACUAUUUAUACAACUACAUUCCAAUUAAAUUUUGUUCUCCGUUAUGAGUUCCAUGGACGAAAUAGAAGAAGAAGCCAAAGCGGCAGCAGAAAAAAUGGUUAUGAAUAUGAUGCAGCGGCCAGGACAACUAGAAAAAGUAGAACAGUAUAAAAAAAGGAUUACUCACAAAAAAGCCUCAAUAGAAGCACAAUUAAAGUCAGCAGUGCAAGGGAAAUUGGAUGGUGUCAGUGUGGGACUCAAGCAAUUAAAAGAAUGCCUCGAUGAUGUACAAGAGAUCAGUCUAAAAAUAGAUGAAUUGGAAGAACUUUUAAAAGGGGUACCACCAUUAGUAGCCUCACUUCAAGCAGUACGUGAAGAAGAUUCUCGUCAUUCACAAUAUGUCACAGCUAUGGACAGCUUAAAACAUAUCUUUACAGUACCUGAGAGUGUGGCUAAAACAAAACAGUGGAUUGGAGAAGGAAAAUUACUCCAUGCACACCAGUGUCUUAAUGAUUUGGAGAAUUCAAGAGACGAUUUAUUGUAUGAGUUACAUAGACUACCUAAUCAGUCGUCACACGAUAAAAUAAUGUUAAAAGCCUAUUUUGAAGAUGUAGAAAUGGUUUCAAAUUUACUUGAAAAGCAAAUUAAAUUAAUACUAGCAAGAACAUUAAAUACUGUUCGUAAAGAACCUACCGUUAUUGUUACCGCCUUAAGGAUAAUUGAAAGAGAAGAGAAAAGAGACCAGAUGGCAUUGCAGCAACAAAAUCAGUCAGGGUUUAUGCCUCCUGGGAGACCGAAAGGAUGGCGUGCAAAAGCAUUUGACGUAUUAGAAUGCGCCGUCGCACAACGAGUAGAAGGGACACGUGUGGACGAACGUGAAGACAACAAACUUUGGUUGGUCCGUUAUUUAGAGUUGACCAGACAACUUAUACUCGAAGAUCUGAGGGUGGUGAAGACUCUCUGUGUGCCUUGCUUCCCACCACAUUACGAUAUUGUCAAUAAAUAUGUCCACAUGUAUCAUACAUGUUUAUCUUCUAGUUUACAAGAUAUCGUUCAAAAUGGCAUAGAAGGUAAUGAAUAUGUAACUUUACUCUCUUGGAUCCUUAAUACAUAUCCUGGCAAUGAGCUGAUGAGCAGUUCAGAACUAAAUAUCGAUGUAUCAACACUACCCCCACUACUCAAUGACGAAACUAUGCAGAAAUUGCAAGACGAAUAUUUGCAGAAAAUGCAGUCGAAUUACAUGGAGUGGAUGGAGAAGACGCUGGAGUCUGAGCGUGCGGAGUGGGGCGGGCAGCGCGCGCCCGACGUCGAGCCGCACUCCAACGCGUACCACACGCACGCGCCCGUCAUCAUCUUCCAAAUGAUCGACCAGAACUUGCAGGUUACAGAAACUAUCAGUAAAGAGGUGACUUUCAAAGCAUUGGUUUUGAGUAUUGAACAGGUGACACGAUUUGGGAAUAUGUACAGAGAGGGCGUCAUACAAUUCAAGAACGCGCACUUCGCGGACCGUUCGCGCGUCGCGUACUUCACGCACCACAUGAUCACGAUCGUGAACAACAGCGAGCAGAUGGUGCAGCUGGCGCACCACACGCAGGCGCGGCACUGGCCGCCCGGCAAACACGACCCGCCCGCUGAGGCCAAGUUCGACAACAUGCUCCAAACAUUCCAGAAACUUAGAGAUGAAGCUGCUCAGUUUUUAUUAGAAGAAGCAUUCCUCGAUUUAGAAUGUCAUUUUGAUGAUUUAUUUACACAAAAAUGGGUACAAUCGAGUAUCCCUGUUGACACUAUUUGCAUCACACUGGACGACUAUUUCCAAGAUUAUAACCAUUUAAGAGAAAAGAAUUUCGAGUAUGUUAUAAAUGAAGCUCAAAAUUUGGUUUACAAGAAAUAUAUAACAGCCAUGUUGUCAAAGAAAAUCGUUUUUAAAGUCGUAGAAGAGGCACAGCAGGCCGCCACAAAAAUUGUCAAAGAAGCGAAUCAGAUAAGGGCAUUUUUUAAAAAGAUCGCUCCUGAUGGUGUAAAUGUUGAUUGGCCGUUUGAAGUUAUAACCAUGUUGGCUGAGGUGCUGCGGUGCCAGGACGCGGAGAUGGUGUCGCUGGACGUGCUGGGCGUGGUGAGCAAGUGUCCCGACCUGGCGGAGGAGCACCUGGUGCGGCUGCUGGCGCUGCGCGGGGACGUGCCGCGCGCGCGCCACGCCGACACCGUCGCCAUCGCCCUGGCCGCGCGCCGUGCCGCCGCCGCGCCCGCCACGCCCGCCACGCCGCCGCCGCGGCUCUUCGCCGGCAUCACGUUCCCCGACAGGCUGCUCGAGCGAUUCGCUCUUUAACAUUACCGUACCUAUUGACAGACUUUGAAUGCUCAUUUCGAUUUUGUGUAUAACUCAGAUAUGUGGUAUAUAUAUGUCAAUUGUAAAAUGACUGAUCAGUAUUUUAAAGUCGAAAGAUAUCGCACUCGUUGCUCCUAUACUAAUUGGAGUGGAUAAAUUUCCAGACAAGUCGAUUGUUUUUAAAAAUUCGUAAUUGAAGAUUGUAAACAUAUUACAUAUUAUUAUAAUCCAUAAAUGUAAUCACGAUAUGUGUAAGCUUAAAAUUAUUUAUUUAAAUCGAAAUAUAUUUAUAUAUGAUGUAUCAUAGUAAGAAUCCUGUUAUUAUCAUAAAUAAACGUACUGAAUGACGAUUUUU